GCCGCCGCUCAGCAGCAGGAGUCGGAGACCACGCAGAGGGCGGAGCGGGAAGUGACGCGGAUGGUGGUUGUCAUGGUGAUUGCAUUCUUAGUGUGCUGGGUGCCGUAUGCUAGUGUGGCCUGGUACAUCUUCGCUAACCAGGGCGCAGAGUUCGGUCCUGUGUUCAUGACGGUUCCUGCCUUCUUUGCUAAGAGUGCAGCGCUCUAUAACCCCGUCAUCUACAUCAUGCUCAACAGACAGUUCCGGAACUGCAUGUUGUCAACGGUGUGCUGUGGGAAGAACCCGCUGGCCGAGGAUGAGAGCAGCUCCGCCGUGUCCAGCAAGACCCAGUCCUCCGUGGUGUCCUCCGCUCAGGUGUCUCCAGCCUGAAGAUCCCGCCCUUCUGCUGCCAUCAGCCAAUCAGAGCGCUCCACUGCUGCUGCGCGUUCUCAACUCUGUCAUUGUACUUUAUAUGCAAAAUAGAUCAAGUGUUUCAGUGGCUGCGUCCCAAACCACACACUUCCCCCCUGCAGAAUAUCGGCAGAACAGUGUGCCUGAGCUCGGCAUUUACAACAGCAUGCGAGACGAUCCCGGAGGAUCUGCUACUGUCAGUGCAUCCAAUGUACGCUCCGCUAUCCCAUAAUGCACCACAGGAGAAUUCAUCAAUAAAAGUGCGGUCAUGUGAUCACCUGAAUAACAUUGACCCUACUCGCAUGCACACUAUAUAGAGCACACUUUUCCAGCAGUGCUGUAGUAGACCUCAGUGUAAGUGUGGACCAGACUCCAGCAGUAGGGGCUUUCACACGUCACACUGAUGUAUGACAAGCGUGAGCUGACAUGUUUGUAGUUUACACCUUUACCUGUGUUUGUAGUUCUAGUCAAAUUCAUCUUCAGUGUGCAUUGCAUUAUGGGUAAUAUCAGCGCUUCUGCACUUCACAUUCCUGCUGGAAACAGUGGAGCAUCCAGAACCUUCCAGCACACUACAGUUUAGGGCCCUCAUUCUGUGUUCAGUAGUGUUCAGGAGGGGUAGUGUGUGUGUGUGUGUGUGUGUGUGUGUGUGGAUUGUGACGCAGCCGAUGUGUUGAUCUCAGCAGCUGUUGAUUGGCUCUGCUGUGGUUAGAUCAGUGUCAAUAUGAGGGUCCGGUUCCCCUUCACUGGAGGAUCAGCAGCAUCGAGGACGCUUAGAUGUACAGAGCUCUGACCGUGUGUGUGUGUGUGUGUGUGUGUGUGUGUGAUGAUAAAUAAAUAAUGGACAUGUGACCCAAACAAA